UGAACGCAUCCCGCCAGCAGAGCGCGUCCCUGCGCCUCGCACAGAAAAUGGGGAUGCCUCCGAGCCGAGCACAAACCCACUCCCCGUUUUCCGUGAAACUGUGAAAAGAAAAAGCCCUGUUGUUUUUUUUAACACUGUCAGAAAGCCCAUGCGCUGCGAGCCUUCUCCACCUCCUACACCGCUCACAGGACUCACCCAGGAUGCUGUCGAACAACCCGCACAUCGGGCACAAAGUGGCAGGCUGUGUGAUUUUCCUCUCCCUCUUUCAUAUCAACUUUUCUGCUGGCAGCUCAGGAAAAGGCUCACAGAGUCAAGAUGAUAUGCAUGUCAUCCACAACAAUCAACUGGACCUGCGGGAGAUAGUGUUCGUCAUCCAGAGUCAAAGCAACUCCUUCCAUGUGAGGCAAGCAGAGAGACGGAAAGCAGACCUACUGAAGCAAGCACACAGUCUCACAGAGAAACCACCGGUGGUUUUGCUUCUUCACAGUUUAUCAGAUAAUGAGGGAGACUGGAGUAUCCUUCCUCUGCUGCCUUACUUAUCUUCCUCCUUUGGGAAAAACUCAUCCUGGAUUGUAUUUCUUGAGGAAGAAACAAAUGUGAAGAUGACUAAACUGGUUCAAGUCCUCGCAAAAUUUGACAAGAAUAAAGAGUGGUUUCUUGGUAAGCCCCUCCAGGACGAGGAGUCGACCAUCAUCCAUCACUACGCGUUUGCAGAGAAUCCCUCCAUCUUUAAAUAUCCAGAUUUUGCCGCUGCCUGGGCCUUAAGCACCCCUCUUGUUGUUCGGCUUGCAAACAAAGUGAAAGAUGAGCCACUUAAAUCUGACUUCACCAUUGAUCUGAAACAUGAGGUUGCCUUGUAUAUCUGGGACAACGGGAAGGGUCCACAUCUCACUGCUGUUCCUGAGCUGUGCACUGAGCCAGAGGACUCUCCUCAGACCCACCACUGUGCCACCACUCUGAGCGUCGAGCCACCUCUGUGUGGGGAGCCUGUAAACAAAGAAGAUAUAUUUGUUGCUGUGAAAACGUGUAAGAAGUUUCACAGUGAAAGAGUUCCAGUGAUAAAGAAGACAUGGGAAAAGGAUGCCUUCUUUUUAGAGUACUACAGUGACUAUGCUGAUACUUCAAUACCAACAAUUAAUUUAGGAGUUCCAAAUACUGAAAGAGGCCACUGCGGGAAAACAUUUGCAAUCCUUCAAAGAUUUUUAAGCAGCUCUGUCCCAAACACCAAGUGGCUCCUCGUUGUGGAUGACGACACACUUAUCAGCCUCUCUAGACUGCAAGUCUUGCUGAGCUGUUACAACCCCUCAGAACCAGUGUGUCUCGGGGAGAGGUAUGGCUACGGCCUGAGCCAAGGCGGCUACAGCUACAUCACGGGAGGUGGAGGUAUGGUGUUCAGCAGGGAGGCUGUGGUCCGGCUUCUUAACAGUGGCUGUAAGUGCUACAGCAAUGACGCGCCAGAUGACAUGGUGCUGGGAAUGUGUCUCAAUGCCCUUGGACUUCCUGUCACACACAGUCCUCUCUUCCACCAGGCGCGCCCAGAGGACUAUGCCAGAGACUUCUUAGCUCACCAGGUGCCCAUCUCUUUCCAUAAACACUGGAACAUCGACCCCAUUGAAGUUUUCAACAAAUGGCUUAAGGAGGACUUGAGGGCUAAAGCUUCAGAUGGACUUAAUAAGAGUGCUAAGACGGAGUUAUAAUCAUUUUAAGCACAAAACUAGCCUGUACGAGUAUGUAUGUAUGUAUGUAUGUAUAUACUGUGUGUGCGUGUGUGCGUGUGUGUGUGUGUGUUAUGGAGUCAUGGAACUGACAUAUUGUCCUUCACAGAUGUAAAUGUUUUUGUAUUGUUGAUGUUGAACUGUUAAGAGGGACCAUGCGAGCGUGUGUCCAUGACUUUAUCUGUAAGCGUCUUCAUGACUGAGUUGCAUGUUGAGGUUACUGUUAUUUUGGAAAUAUGUGUAUAUUUAUAUCAUAUGAAUAAUCUGAACCUUACAGAGGAGCCUCUUCUCUGGGAGAUACUGUACCUUUCAAAAAGUAUCACUAAUGCUGUACAAUGUGCUCUAUUUUGACAUAAAAGUAUAAAUAUUUGAGAAUGUUUUGCUUUUCUUUUCCAUCUGAGGCCCAUUAUAGGAUUUAGUUUAAACCAGUUAUGUAUAAAUUAUGAAGCUGUUAAAGGUUAAUUGAGGCUACAACUAAGAUGGUGAAACACAGACUGUUUGGUGCAGCUAAAAAGCAUUAAAACUCUCUAAAGCAAGCUGAAGGU